AUGUUUUCUUCAAAAAUCACUCUCUUUCGUAGGACCGUUUUGCCAACUCACUUCGUUACUCGUAGAGUUCGAUGCCUUCAGUCGCCGGGUCUUAUGUUGAGGAACUCGAGACCUUACUUAUUUCAUUCGUCGUCUUCGAAAAAUUUUACAAAUAUAAAAAAUGCCGAGACUAGACAUAAGUCUGAAGCUGUGAUACAGGAAGGUUCUAAUGCUCCCGAAAAGAAACUGCCGUCUUCUCUUAAAGAACUGGUGCAAAAGAAGUUUACUGGUAUCUCAAAAAAACUAAAUCCUGACACUCCGCCGUCUGGGAAAAAUAUAUGGAAUUUUAUACGGGACAACUGGAAGCAAGUUCUGAGGGCUGGCAUACUAGCGGACUUUCUUUUUGCUUUGGCUGUGAAUAAGUUCAGCGAGUAUCGUGUCAAUUCAGCUUUAAAAAAUGGUACUCGGCCCAAGUCAAAAGUGCUGGAAGAUGAGUUUGUUCCUCGACCUCAAAUUUCAGAAAUCCUUAAGAAAAUUUUUCAGCCAAAUGAACAUCAAUCAUAUUAUCACGUCGUUUGCGGAGAACAUGGCACUGAGAAGACAACAUUGACCAGAAUGGAGGCAAAAAACGUUGGGAAAGGUGUCAUAUAUGUUGAUAUUCCCUUCGAUUUUGAGAACUUGGGAGAAGCUUUUGGAAAGGCUAUUAAUUUGUCAUUCUUCGAAGACAUCUCUUUUACAACCCUACUGAUGCGGAAAUUUUUUUCUGGGAUGGGUGUGACUAGUGAAUCUGCCAUUUCCCUUUAUCAAUGGAGGAAAGUUAUGAAAAAUUUUCGACAUGCCUCAGAAGU